CGUAGAAGUUGGAGAAAAAUCGAGGAGGAUGCACUAAUGAAGUGCAUGAUCAAUGAAGAAGGAGGGAAGUGGAAGGCCGAUAAUGGCUUCAGAACGGGUUACUUUACCCACUUGGAGAAGGAGUUAGAAAAAGUGCUCCCGGGGUGCAACAUUAAGGCUAACCCCCACAUUGACUCCAAGGUGAAGCAUUGGAAAUCCAUAUGGGCUAGAAUUGUUGACAUCACUGCCCUAAGUGGUUUCAGGUGGGAUGCUAUCAAAAAUCACAUCGACGUUGAGCAACCCAUAUGGGAUGCGUAUGAAAAGGCUUAUCCUAAAAAGGCCCAAAGCUUGUACGGAAAGUCUUUCCCGUACUUUGAGGAUUGGCAACGAAUAUUUGGCAAGGAUAGGACUACGGGAGCGGGUGCUGAAGAUUAUGACGAAAUGGCGCACCCGGAAGUUGCCAACGAAAGUGUGGAGCCACACAACUCCAAUGACUUCUAUGAAGCCCUAUUCACUGAAUAUGACGCAAAUCUCCCUAACACUUCCUCAACUCCCGUAACUCCCACAACUCCCACAACUCCUCAACUGUUCACACCUCAUGCAUCACUCCCUACGUCCGUUCCCCGUGGCUCAAUGUCGGCGCCCAAUGCCGGAGCCCAAAAGGGGAGGAAGAGGACAAGAAUUGGUGAAGCGGAGUUGUCCAUCUAUGCGAGCAUGGACAAUUUCUUGAAAUCUAGCAAUGUCCAUGUGGAGAAAUUGGCCAAUUCCUUUGGCUACGAGAAGGAGCUCUCCGCCCGACGCACGAUGGUCAAAGAGGAGUUGUCGAAGCUCAAUAUCACAUUGGCGGAGAAGUUCACGCUCAGUGCCGUAAUCGUGAGCCAUGAAGAAAGGGUUGACGACUUCUAUGGCACGAAGCCCGAGGAGAGACAAGCUUUGGUGGAGGCCAUCCUCGCCGGUGAGGUGUAUGGUCUGAUCUAGUGGCAAUAGUAAUGCCCUUUUGAAGUGGCUUAAGUACCAUUAUAAGUAAGAUUGGUACUUGACCCACUUUUU